AUGGAGAAGCAUUCGAGAAGCCUCUUAGACAUGCUUGCCUGGGCGAGCAACACGAUUACUCUGGAAACGUACAGGAAUCGUUAUGUACAAGGACUAGAAUCAGUGAUGCAGCAGCUGCACGGAACAGUGGAACACACGCUCACCAAACUGUUCAGUUUCGGCAGACUGACACAGCGCAUGAUGCAGAUGUCCAGUGACCGCAGUGUAGUGUCAGUAAUUGAGCAACUAAUGGGAGAAAAGGUCUUCAAAGAAUCACUGCUAGCAUUACACGGCAGUACCGCACUGGGCGCUGUGAAAGCUACUGUUAUUGGAAUGAACGAUAAUAUGAUAGAGAUGGAGAUAUGCUAUCCGACGGCAACCCUCUCUCAAGUAAAAUAUGUCCUUCACGUGGAACCACUGGGACAGUUUUCCUGGAAUAUGGAUUCGUUUUGGACGGAUAAUGUUGGACAGCGCUAUGCAGUAGAGAAAGAACACAAACAUGCAACCUUAGACUCACUUCUGUCUGUGCCAGACGUCGGAAUCAUGGGACGGGAAGCUACGCGUCGUACUACCGAAACUGGUAUUAUUUAUGGAAACAAUACCACAGCACUCACCCGACCACCCUCCCCACAAGGAACCGCAUCAAACUAUACAUGGCCUGAAUGUGAAAUCCCCAUGGUUCUGGUUGGCUGCUAUGGGCAUGGUCAUGGCAGUUUUAACAAUGGCUGCAGUAUGGACGAUAAUGAAGCUUGGAAGAACUAUGAUGAAGAAGAUCAGAUUGCUAGAUGA